AUGAAGAAGCGCUCGGGCAUUUUCGCCCAAGGAAGGCGAGAGGAGGAGUACGCAGACCCAGACGAGAGAGACCCCAGGCGCGAAGAGUCUCCAGAUCCUGUAAGGCGCGCGACCGCCGCCCAGUUGGCCAACCGCAAGAUCAAGGCUCCCAAAUCCCGCCUCGCUCACGCUGCUGCUUCGGGCUUCAGCGCAAGCGCACCCGCGCCUGCCAGCAAUCCCUUCAACUUCGGCGGCCCUGCUGCAGGCGCAAGCACCCCCGCGAACCCCUUCAGCUUUGGCUCCCAGCAAUCCACUUCAACCCCGCCGAGCUUUGGCGCGAAUAGCAACACCACGUCAUUCAACUUUGGAGGCGCCCAACAGUCAACACCAGCUCCAGGUGGCUUCAACUUCGGAGGCAGUACCCAAACACAGAGUCCCGCGCCUUUCAGCUUUGGUGGCCAGCAGUCUGCUGCCAAUGGUGUUGCCACUCCGGCCUUUGGUGCGUCGCAGCCCGCUCAAGCAGCAGGAGGUUUUGGAAGUGGCAGCACAACCAGCGGCUUCAAGUUCCAGGCUCCGCAGUCCACCCCAUCCGCGCCCGCCUCCGACGUCAAUAAGCCCAGUUUCGGUGGUAAUAGUCCUCGGGCAUCUCCAGCGCCGUCGCCCGCACCCAGCAACCUCUUCACCAACUCUUCAUUCCCCCAGUUCGGUAGCACCAAUGCCACGUCGAGCUCCUCCGUACCCACAAGCCUCUUCAGUACCGCGCCAUCGAGUUCUUCUGCGCCGAGCGGCUCCCUCUUCACCACCGCGUCUUUCCCUCCAUUUGGAGGUAGCACCGCCGUAUCUAAGCCCAGCGCCACCACCGCCCCGACCACAUCCCUCUUCAACCUCGGCAGCGCCAGCAACACCUCCAGCUCCGCUACGGUGAAAGAGACCGCGAAAGCUCCAUCGUUCAACUUCGGCGCCACGACUGCGGCUCCCGCAACCGAUACCGGCAAAACCCCUCUCUUCAAAUUUGGUGCCAGCGCUACGAGCUCGGCUCCGUCCAAUGACACGGCGAAAGCUCCCUCGUUCGGUUUUGGUGCGAACUCUGCCGCAACAAGCAGCCCAGCGCCCGCGAAAGACACACCGAACCCCGCCCCCUUCAGUUUUGGCGGCAGUAAGAGCACCGCCCCGGCGGACGAAUCCGCGAAGACCUCAACUCCCUUCUCAUUUGGCAGCAGCAGCAGCACUGCCACCAGCUCUGCUCCGGCGAGCAAUGCAUUCUCGCAGUCGUCCUUUCCCGCCUUUGGUGGAAAAGCCGGUACAUCGACAACUUCUGAGCCAACGAGUAACACCCUGUCGCAAUCCUCCUUCUCCACGUUUGGAGGCGACAAGCCUGUGACAACUUCCGCUCCUUCCGACAACAUCUUCUCGAAGUCGUCUAUGCCUGCCUUUGGGGCCGCUGAGACUCCGAAAUCCUCCUCCUUAUUCAAUCUUGGUCAAUCUCAAGCGCAAGCAGCUAGUAGUUCACCUAGCGCUUCGAAGAGCACACCCACCACCCAACCGCCGAAGUUCGACUUUGCAUCCGUUUCUUCUCAAUCUACUCAGGCUACAGCAACUGAUACAGUUGGCAAAACACCGGAACCCAAAGAAUCUAGUUCGAAGGAAACCACGUCGGUAUUUCCCGGAACGACCUCUGCGACAUCAACUCCAUUCGGUCGGCCCAGUCUGUCACAGUCUAGCGCAGGCACGGCCGCUCCCAAGUCAUCGGUCCCAGCCUUUCCGCCUUCAUCUACAACAUCGACUACGUCCCAAUCAGUGCCAACGGGCGCCCCUGAAACUACGCCGGUACCGGGUAUCCCUCGGGCACGGAUUCCAGAAGAGUGGAACGGAGCAACACCUUCCGCCGUUGAAACCGCUCGUCGUCCCAGUUCUGGUACUCAAGAUUCUAGGGUCGCCGAUUUGCUAGCGGAGCUAGAAACGUUGAAUAAGAAAUUCCGGCAGAAGCUGGAGAGCUUAGCCCCCUUGACGGAUUGGUCUCCGGUAUCCCGCUGGCACCUGAAAGAGACGAAGAAGAUUAUGACGCAGAUCGUGGAUCUCAGAAAGGAACAGGCAAGGCGUAAUGGUGUCACCGGAUACGAGUCCGCUCUGUCAACAAAGCGAAAGGCUGCAGAAGGUGCUGAACGCGAUGUCGAGCCAACCACUCCGUCGAAAAAAGCACGCGGGCCCUCCCCUCCACCUCAAAGCGGUGUUAGCUUCACGCCAAAGGCUGCUCCUCCUACCAGGAACCCGUUGCAGGCACCUUCUUCUUCUGGUUUCAGUCACAAGCCAACCACAGCAGAACCAAAGCCUGCGUCAACCCAAUCACAAACAUCAAACCUCUUCGGCAACAUCUUGGGCAAGGCAUCUGCGACUCCGAGCACUGAGAGCUCCACCCCUCCUGCCAGCGGUGGGCUGUUUGCCCCUUCCACGAAGUUGAGCGCAUCCAUCAGCGGCAUGCCCACGUCUGGCGCCUCCCAGACGCAGGCUCCUUCACCAUCACAAGGGUUCAGUCCGUCUCCCACAGCUGAUCUGAACGAGAAGCCAUCUUCGGCGGGUUUCAAACCAUCGACGACGUUGAGUUCCGCCGGCAAAGAUGCCACUCCCUCUUUUGGGUUCAAGCCAUCAGCCUCCUCCAAUGCACCCAACGAGAGCACUCCAUCCUUCGGUUUCAGGCCAUCGACCGGAACUUCCACGCAAGAUAGCAGUUCUUCAGGCACGAAUAUGUUCAGUCUGUUUGCGAAGAAUGCCAAGACCGCCGAACAGCUGACCGCAGAGAGGAAGGCCAAGGCCAAGGCGGAAGAUUUUGAUUCUGAUGAAGAGACGGAGGAGCAAUGGUCCGCUCGUUGGGAUAGGGAGGAAGCCGCUAGGAAAGAAGAAGAAGCUAAGAAGGCGCAAUCCGCACAGGGCUUCUCCGUCCCAGCAUCUAGCGCAUCCACCACCUCUACCCCCCCUGCGACGUCGUUCGAUGUGUCGAAGGCUACCAGUGGAACCACAUCUGUGUUGGCUUCUGGAGCUGCGAGCCCAGCUGCUUCGGCGUCCGCUGCAGGGUCAGUCUUUGGUACAUCGAGUGCAGCGCCUUCCCCCGGCGCGAAUAUUUUUGGCCAUCUCUCAUCCGCAGCUUCAUCGGCUCACCAAGAUGAUACGGAUGAAGAAGAGGAAGACGAAGGUGACGAGCAUGAGGAGGGAAAUCAGGAGGAGCAAGAGCCUGAGGAUGAGUCCCAAGAUGAAGGUGGAAGCACUCCUAGAGCAUUCUCACCGAAGCGCAAACUUGCGGAUUCAGAAUCCGGGGCCGACACCGAGGAAGACAGUGGAGAAUCAGCCAAGAAAAAGACGGAUACAGGAUCGUCGAAACCAAGCCUCAUGUCCCGCAUCACAUUCGGGGAGAAGUCUUCCGCUACGGCGGACGGUCCGUCAUCGAGUGUGAAUGGAUCUGUCGCCACGCCAACAGCUAAGAAACCCUUCUUCUUCGAUUUUGCCAAUGCUGCGCCCAAGACUGCUCCGUCCAAAUCCUCGUCUUUUGCGGGUGAUCAAACCUUCAAGCCCGGCACCCCCAUCAAAUUCGCCCCGACGACGGAGACGGCCGCUCCAAAACCCACUUUCAGUUUUCAACCUGCAACACCCUCGUCUAGCGACACCGCACCGAAGCCCGCGCCAUUUGCAUUCCUCAGCCAGUCGGCGGGCUCGGCGAACAAACCAUCCUUCUUGACGCCGAGCGCAGGUCAGUCUGCCGCAGGUUCUGUAACCUCCUCGGUCUUCUCGUCGCGCGCUCCGACGCCGCUCUCCGAUGCCGGUGUUGGCAGCGAGAAAGAGUCUGGCGGCGACGCAGGUGAGGAGGAUGAGGAAAACAAGGGCCCGCAGCUCGACCUCUCCACCCUCACCGACGAUGAGAAGGCUUCUCACGACGUCCUCUUCCACGCCGAAACCGCCCUCGCCAAGCAUGAAACCGGCACUGGCUCCGACAAGGCAUGGAAGACGUUUGCCCGCGCCCCCAUCUGGAUCCUGAAGAACAAGGAAUCCGGCAAAGCCCUGGUCCGCAUGCGUAUCGCCAGCGGCGCCACGCCCGUCAACUACAACAUCCUCGCUAGGCUACCUUCGCAGACGGCGGGGAAGAGCAAGACGAUGGUUUUGGCGCCGAGACUUGGGACGGAUGGGAAGCUGUCGCGCAUCUUGUUUGUGUUUAAGACGAAGGAGCUGGCGGAGGAGUUUUUGGAGACGUUUAAUGCCAAUAUGCCAGAGGCUUAG